AUGCCUCCUAAGGGAAAGAAGGGCGGCGGAAAGGACGGUAAGGAGGCGGAGAGAGAAGAGCCAUUGCAAGCUGUUGUGUUUGCAGACUCCUUCGAGACUCGAUUCCUUCCUUACACUCUAGAAUACCCGAGAUGCCUGCUCAAAUUGGCGAACACGCCACUCAUCGAGUACACCCUCGAGUUUCUCGCGAGUGCGGGCGUUGAGGAGGUGUAUUUAUACUGCGGAAAUCACACCGACGCGGUCGAAGAAUAUCUUCAGCAGUCCAAGUGGACGCAAAAGACGUCGCCAUUCACACUCGAAGUCAUCCGGUCGAGCUCGAGAUCUGUCGGAGACUGUAUGCGCGACAUGAUGGCCAAAGAAUACAUUGUUGGGGACUUCAUCUGUGUCUAUGGCGAUGUCGUGGCGAACAUCUCUCUCGAAACUGCCCUGGCUGCUCAUCGCGCUCGUGUCGCCAAGGACAAGAAGUGCAUUAUGACAAUGGUGCUGCGGGAAGCUGGCCAACUUCACAGGACGAAGUCUUCCCAUACGCAAUCCAUCUUCGUCAUCGACGAGGUUAAGGAUCGGUGUGUGCACUACGAGCAGGUCCGACCCGGCCAGACUGUAGCCCUUGAGAUUCCACCCGAGGCGCUAAAGGAGCACAUCGAGCUCGACGUUCGAGGGGAUCUCAUUGACUGCGGCAUCGAUAUUUGCACGCCCGAAGUAUUGGCGCAGUAUACCGACAACUUCGAUUGGCAGCUUCCUCGCCGCGGUUUCCUCUAUGGCGUGCUCAAGGACUACGAAACUUUCCAACUCACUGUGCACACGCACAUUGUCACAGAGGGUUAUGCAGCCCGAGUCAAGAACCUGCAAGCUUACGAUGCGAUCAGCAAGGACGUGAUCUCGAGAUGGACAUACCCGCUUUGUCCAGACAUGAAUCUGUUGGCAGAUCAGUCCUUCCAGUUGAGGAAACGCAAUGUCUAUCGGGAGGAUCACGUCAAGUUGGCGCGCUCGAGUAUCGUGGACCGUAACGCUGUCAUUGGAAAGGACACAACGAUUGGCGAACUUGCGACCAUUACGRACAGCGUCAUCGGUAGACGGUGUGUCAUCGGGAAUAGAGUMAAGAUUGACGGCGCUUACAUUUGGGAUGACACCCACGUCGGAGACGAUUCGAUCAUCGAAACGGCCAUCAUUGCAGAUAAGGUCUCCAUUGGCAAGAACUGCAAGAUUGAGCGCGGUGCGCUGAUCUCUUAUGGCGUCAAAUUUGCCGACAACAUCAUCGUCCCUGGAAACCGUCGAAUCUCCAAAUUGAAGCGGAAGCGUGGAUAUGAGGCGGACGAGGUCAUUCAGGUGCCUGCAGAUCCGAAGAUCGUUGGUGAGGGAGGAUCUGGGUAUGCGAUGGAGCCGGACGAGGAUGAGGAAGAUGAUGCCGAAUCACUACUAUGUCAGGUGGAGAACAUUAACCUCGAGGCAGACGACAUCUCAUCUUUCGACUCGGAGUCGGAAGAGGAAGACUACACCCAUGAUAAUCAACGCGAGUCGGGACGCAGUGAUAGCUUCGCUUCUAUCGAUUCGGAUGAACAUAGCGGAGCCAGACAGCAGGCCGCCGACUUUCAUCUCGAUGCCGUGACCUCUUUGCACGACGACAUGGCGAAGGGGAACGAGCCGGAAAACAUCCAGCUAGAGUUUAACAGCCUUCGCAUGAUGAACAACGCAGACGAUAAGCAGUUACGGCGAGCGGUUGCUUCGGCAUUCGGAAAGAGGAUUGCGAGCAGCACGGAAAGCGGCAAGUCGCCCAAGGAUGCUGUCGGUGAGCUCAUUCCACGUUACAGGAGCUUGAUUGAGGGCUAUGUGAAGUUGGAGUCCGAACAGGCAGAGUUCAUGCUGUAUGUGCAGACGGAUUUGGCGCAACGGCCGCAGGGAGAGAAGCUUUUGUUGUUCUUGUCGAACGCCUUGGCUCACAAUGAUAUCGUGGAGGCGGAGGGGUUCGAGGCCUGGUGGAAUGAUCCGAGGAGUACGGCGUCGGAGAAGCUGCAGGCUGUGCGGAAGGAAACGCAGCCUUUGAUUGAUGUAUUGUGUGGGGAUGAUGACGAGGAGAGUGAUGAAGAGGAAUCCGACGAGGACUGA